AUGAGUCUCAGCUCUAGUAUUGACGGGGAUGCCGUCCCUGGUACCGUACACUUAGUCGACGUCGAUGGGACCUCGCAUGCAAUGCACUCUAAGGGCCACCAAGAUAUUAUUCUCAUACCCGUUCCUUCGAAGAAUCCUGACGACCCUCUGAAUUGGUCGGCUGGAAGGAAAGCCUUGAGCACUUUCUGCAAUUUCACGUAUGUCAUGGUAAUUGGGAUUUCCACCGCAACCAUCUACUCUGUGAUUGUUCCCAUAUCCGAUGAUACAGGCCUCCCUGUGGGAACAUUGAACUCCGGAACAGGCUACAUGUUUCUCUUGCUAGGAUGGGGCCUUCUUAUCUGGCAGCCCCUCGCUCUUGUAUACGGAAAACGAAUUGUCUAUUUAGUCUCUCUUCUGGCCACAGUGGGAAUUCUAUUAUGGGCUCCGUAUACUACGACUAGCAGUCAAUGGCUGGCCAACAAAAUCAUCCAAGGAUUCUUCGCAGCCCCCAUCGAGGCUCUCUGUGAGAUCUCCAUUGCAGACAUAUACUUUAGUCAUGAGAGAGGCACGUACAUGGGUGCAUAUUCACUUUUCUUAUUUGGCAGUAACUUCAUUGCCCCAAUCAUUGCAGGUUUUAUUGAUGAUGGUCAGGGUUGGCAAUGGGUCCUUUACUGGUCUGCUAUCAUCCCCGGCAUUGGCUUCAUCAUCUGUUUCUUCUUGAUGGAAGAGACCAACUUUUAUGGCCGCGGAACGGAACUGGACACAGCAGCGUACGCGAGCACUUCUGCGAUGUCAACCUCACCGAUUAAGUCACAGAGCGACUCGAAUAAUAUGGAAGUGAACUCGGAUAUCGAGGCACCUUCCCUUGAUCAAACUUAUACUAUGAAGACAUAUUGGCAGAAGCUGGCUUUGAUAGAUCGUCAACCCAACCGCCCGAAAAACAUCUUCCUCAUGAUGUAUCGACCGAUUCUCUUGCUGCGUUUUCCCGUGCUUCUGUUCUCCGGUUUUCAAUACGGUCUGACUCUCGUCAUGUUCAACAUUAUGAAUGCUACGGCAUCUUCGAUCCUUGGAAGCCCGCCUUACAAUUUCCGCGCGUCCAUGGUAGGAUUGUCCUACUUUGCUCCUUUGAUCGGCGCCUUCAUUGGAGCUUCUUACACCGGCUGGCUUGGAGAUAAAAUCGGGCUCUGGUUUGCCCGACGCAACAAGGGCAUUCGAGAGCCUGAACACAAGCUUUGGCUUUUCAAUGUCUCUCUCGUCCUGGUGCCAUCUGCCUUAAUCCUUUGGGGCGUGGGUGCAUAUCAUCAUGUCCAGUGGGUUGGCUUGCUUUUCGGCAUGGGUAUGCUCGGAUCUACGAAUGCCAUCGGGGCAACGACAGCCAUCAACUACGCCGUGGACUCAUAUAAGGACCUCAGCGGCGAGGGUAUGGUGACGGUGAUCUUGAUCAGAAACACGAUGAGCUUUGCAAUCGGAUAUGGUAUUACACCGUGGAUUGCGAAUACAGGUCUUCAGAACACGUUCGUAGCUGCAGCCUUUAUUGGUCUGGGUUUCACGGCUACUUUCUUCAUCAUGAUAAAGUGGGGACGAUACUUCCGAUCCUCUUCCAAGGAGGCAUAUUGGAAGUACGUCGACUCCAGUGUUUUGGCUGGCCAUUAA